UAAUAAGUUCAUGAUCUAACGAAGACGAUUCGAGCUGAGUCAGUCAAUCGCCCGUAUACAAGGAGACACACCGAGUUUGAUUGUAAUUUUAUUAACGCGUAGUUAUAAAACAAAACAGAAAAAUGAAAAGAAUUGUUUUAAUUGUUCUAAUGUGCGCAGUGUUUGUGUGUAACGGGCAUUUGUUGAAGAACAUUCUUAGUGAUGUGCACGAUAGGGUUCAUGAUCGUGUGCAUGGUAUAGCUGGUGCGGUCCUUGGCGGUCUGGACAUCAAGUUUCAAGGUCAUUUGGGCGCUGGUCACCACCACCGACCACCUCCACCGCCGCAGGGAAACCAAGAAACCGUCAUAGUCAUCGUCGAAGAAGGAAACGAUGGUCAAAACCACCCGAACAGGCCCGGACCUGGACCUCAGGGGAAUUAUAAUAACAACAACCAAAACAGACCUGAAAAUCCACAGGGAAACUAUAACAAUAUGAGACCCGGAUAUGGUAACCAACACGGCCAAUGGCAAGGUAAUAAUGACGGAAAUUACAAUCAAAACCCGUAUAACAAUAACAAUAACCCCGGUUACAAUAACAAUAACCCCGGUUACAAUAACAAUAACCCCGGUUACAAUAACAAUAAUCCUGGUUACAAUAGCAAUAACCCCGGUUACAAUAACAAUAAUCCUGGCUACAAUAAUAAUGGCGGUCAAAACAACUACAACCAACGGCCAGGAUACCAGAACACCAACAAUAAUCAGGAUAAUUCUACGCCAAAUCCGUACCAGGAAAACAAACCAACUUACGGUACAGUUCACAGUGAACCUACUCAGAGUCCCCCGAUGUUCGGUACUACUAAAGAAGACGAGCCUUUGCAUGUGCCUUUGAAACCCAAUGAAACCCAUUACGGAGGAGACAAAAUUGACGUCUAUCCGCCUAAAAGAGAAACUGGCAACGCAGACGAAACGCCAGCCGAUGAAAACAUAGACAUAAGGGUGGGAAACGAAUAAUUUUAUUUAUAUACAAUUUUAUAGCCAAUAAGUAAGUAAGUAAGUUUGUAUUUUUAUAUUCCACAAAUAAAGAUAAUGUACUAUUGAGAAAGUUAAAAUAUUAA